UAUUACGUCAUAACAGGAAGUUUUGAAAGAUUGGCUACACGUCAAUUAAAAAUAUAUAUAACAAAUAUAGCUAUUUCUGCAUUAUUACAAUUUAUUGAGGCACAGAAGGAAUUUAUUAUUCCUUGUAUUUUUGUGUCUUACUAUAUGAAAAUGUUAUCGAUCGGGACAGUUGUCUUAGUGUAUGCUCUAGUGUUUGGAAAUCCAUCCAGAGGAGACUAUGUUAAAGGAGCUGUCCAGUUUCGGAUAUCGGAAACUGAGUUCAAUAAAGUUGUGAGAGUUUUGUUGCAGCCUAGAGAUGUUUACAAGGUUAAUGUGAAUGAAACAACAAUAGAAGGGAUGUACAAUGGUUUAUCUUACGAGUUAACAGAUCUUAAUGAAAAGUCAAAGUCGCACGUGGUACAAGUAAAGAUGCCUUCCGACGGCAAGAUGAAAGCAACAUCUUUUUCGUCCGGGAUACAGUACAUUGGAAAACUAAAAAUAACCAGAAAAAACGGAACUGAAGUUGUAUUUGAAAGAUAUAUCGACGCAUCUUUAAACAAUGUGACGUUACAAUCUUGGGGAGUCUCCGACAUGCCAGGCAAGGUUGUACCAUCAAAAAGUCAUCUCCCUUUAGAUUUUUCCAACUGCUCUUCAAAGAUCGAAAAACUAUCGAUAAAUAACGAGAGUUUACAAAACAUGGGUGUAGAAGUUGCAAAUGACGACUUGAAGGGAAUCUUUCAAAAUAUAGUGUGUCAGAUGAACGAUGGGAAGUUCUCCCUUGCUUUUGGAGAGGCAGAGGUUACAUUCACAAUAGUUGGCCAGCCAAUCACUGUAGCAACUGUAGCUUCUGAUCUGAAGAUUAAGAAAAAUGCAAUUAUCAUUACACAGAAGGUUAAGACAUCAUUUAAGAAGGAGAAUGAGCUGCCGAAUUAUAUCAUACAUACUCCCACUUCCUUUCCUCUGCCAGAUUCAUCGAGCCAACCAUUUGAAAUAGUUCUACAGGCGAAUGUUUUCAAUGAACUCUUCCGGGAAUUCAAGGAAAAACUUGGAAUAGGUGUCAAGGAAGUGUCGCUUGCAGAGUUGCUUCCCAACUUUAAACAGAUUGCAGAGCUCGACACACAGGGUCUUUACAUGAGUAUUCUGUUCCCAAUGGUAGGUAAAAAGUAUCCCAAUGCAGUCGGCACAAUAGUUGUAUCGGACGCCGACAUCUACUUUAGUGUGAAGAAUGGGUCAGUACAGAUGCACUUUGACAUAACCACAGCUUUAUCUGUCAAGCUCAAUUGCGAUAAGAAUAGAACCUACACUGCUCUUAGCUUCACAUUGAAUUUGUUUUUCCCUGCCCAGAUUGGCUACGAUAAUAAAUAUCUGACCAUGAAAGUUCAUAAUUUCGGGGGAAACUUUACCGUCUUGAAUUCAACUGUCGGUCAUGUAUUGGAUCGUGCAUUGACCAGUAUGUUAUACUCUGCGCCUUACUACGCUUCUGGUUCCUUAGAUAAAUUCAAUGACAUGUUUCGGGGCAUUCCUUUACAAGAUUUUCUGCCAAAGGAUAUAUUUGCAGUUGUCAAAUCAGUUUCUGUAAACAAGAAUUAUGUGAUAGUCGGUGGUAAUUUAUCUCCAACCGAUCCUCAGUUACCAGUUCUAAAGAGAGACAAAAUAAACUGGGCUGGAAAAGUGACCGAGGACGAUUUGUUUCUAUUGGGACGAGAUAAGACACCGGAAAACCCCGAAGGAUUUGAAUUAAAGGAAAUAAACUGUAAGAAGCCACCUAUCGUUUAUUCAUCAGCGAGCUAUGCUGGAUAUCAAGCCGCCCUGGUAUGCUUUAUGGUUCUCAUUUUAAAUGUGUGGUAAGCUAUGAGAGAUCAGAUCGUCUGCCCAUGUAGUUCGCAGGCGGCGAGGAUGGAUGAAGAAACUCAAGCCCACAAUCAGAACUAUUAUUUUUCACAAAUUAGGUGUAUUCUUUAUAUAAAAAUACCAUUUCCAGUGUCUUUUUUACUUAUUAGCAGUGAAACGGACUUAAAUCAUGCAGCUUUCCAGCUUGAAUAAGAAAGCAUAUUUUCUAGUUUUGACUUGACAUUGCAUUUUCGUUAAUAUGUACAAAGGGCAACCGAACUGUGAAUAUGAUUGCGUUAGAUCUUUACAGCUUCUUACACGAACCUAUGGAUGUGAACAUGUUAUUUUACACUAGGGUUUGGAAAUUUUAACUUUUUAUGAAACUGAGUAGCUAUAAUGUCUGUUUCUUCGUUUUCAAGGAUGGGUGUUUCAAACAUUAAAUAUAAUAAGACGUUUUAUUCAAAGUUUACGUAAAAUAUUUAUUAUAAAACAUGUAUAUUGAAAAGAAAUACAUCAGUUUAUAUUAUAUUUUUUACCAGAAGUGACCAUUUGUAAAUAUUACACGAGAUGUAGGUUUUUGUCGGUAAUUUUUGUUCAUGACGAGUUAUUACUCAGACUAUUGUUUCUGUCGUGUAUUAACUGUUUUAUCAUGAUCUGUGAUAAUUUUUGGUAUUUUCUUUUUCAAUUUUGUUUUAUCUUAUUCAGAUGAUUUAAUAUAUUAAAUUUGUAAAUAAGUUUAUAAUAAAUACUUAUCAAAAUAACGUUCAUAGAAUAAACUCAUUUUCUUUUA